AUGUUGAGCACUGACAACAAUCAAAGUACUGAAGUCAUGUUCAUCCUCUUAGGAUUCUCUGAGCAUCCAGAGCUUGAGGUGCCCCUCUUUCUAUUGUUUCUCACCAUCUAUGCAGUCACUGUGCUGGGGAAUGUGGGAAUGAUUGUGAUCAUCAAGGUCAAUCCAAAACUCCACACCCCUAUGUACUUUUUCCUCAAGCACCUGUCCUUUGUGGAUUUCUGUUACUCCACUAUAGUUACACCAAAACUGCUAGAAAACUUAGUUGUAGAAGACAGAAGCAUCUCCAUCAGUUGCUGCAUCACACAGUUUUCCAUUGGUGUCACCUUUGUGAUGACAGAGAUGGUCUUGUUGGCAGUAAUGGCCUAUGACCGUUUUGUUGCUAUAUGUUAUCCUUUGCUAUAUACAGUUUCUAUGUCCCCAAAAUGCUGUGUCCUGCUAGUGACUGUAGCAUAUGCAUGGGGCAUAAUUUCUUCUAUUGUACUCACCUACUCACUUCUUAUAUUGUCAUUUUGUGAGACCAAGAUCAUUGAUAAUUUUGUAUGUGAAUAUUCUGUCUUCCUCUCUGCUUCCUGCUCUGAUAAACACUUUAGUGAAAUAAUCCUUUUUAUAUUUGUAAAUCUGAAUGCAUUUUGCACCCUCAUCAUUAUUCUUACAUCCUAUAUUUUUAUUUUUGUCACUCUCUUUAAAAUGCACUCAACCAGGGGGAGAUAUAAAGCUUUCUCCACUUGUGCCUCCCACUUGACAGCUGUUACCAUCUUCUAUGGGACCAUCUUCUUUCUCUAUUGUAUUCCCAAUUCCAAAAACUCAUCACUUGUAGUCAAAGUAGGAUCUGUUUUUUAUAUUGUGGUGAUUCCUAUGCUAAAUCCCUUGAUAUACAGUUUAAGGAACAAAGAGGUGAAGGAAACCUUCGGGAAAAUAUUGUAUUCCAAAUAA